CGGUGGUGGUACGAACUAACCUUAUAGCGAUCAUUAUAUAGCAGCAGUAUAGCAAAAAGCAAACAAACAGAUCGAGAAAUUCGCUGGGAUUAGGGCGCGACUUGUGGACAGUUUGCAGUCAUGUGAAAUGGUUCAAUUAGUGCAAUAACAAUAAGUCAUAAAGAAACCGUGUUUGAUUUACAUAAUUAACAAGUGGAGUGCGAGCUGAGGAGGAGAUUUCGAAAAAUUCCCCGCAAUAGAACAAGCAGAACGAGAAUCGAAAUAUAUUCCGAUAACGGAACGGCAUACAUAGAUUGUCGGGACCGCUACGACGACCAAAAGGCUCAUUAAGUUUACAUGCAUUGAAUUGCAUAACCAGCGGGCAGAAGAUGAAGACGAUGAUGCUCCACUUACGUCACUGGCCACUCCUGUUGGCCAUCGCUUCCUGCCUGAUUUUCACAGCAGCAACAACAGCUACGACAACAGCAACAGCAACACCAGCGACACCAGCAACACCAGCAACAUCAACAGCAACAUCAUCUUUAUCCUCCAUUCCGGGCAAAUAUCAAGCCUUGGGUGCAGCCCACCAUCAGGCAAAGAAGCUGAAAAUCGGAGCCGUCAACGCUUCCUCCUCGGAUGCCAAUGCCAAUGCCAAUAAACCUGUAUUCCGGCAAAAUCCGAUCAAGAAUUGGUUCGGUGCCUUCAAUCGCAAUAAUUCGCCGGCAGCUCAGAACCAAACAUCGCCGACAUGUUCCUGCAGAUGCGGAGAGCGCAAUGACGAGUCGAGGAUCGUGGGCGGCACUACGACGGGCGUCAGCGAGUAUCCAUGGAUGGCGCGUCUGAGCUACUUCAACAGGUUCUACUGUGGCGGUACCCUGAUCAACGAUCGCUACGUGCUGACGGCGGCGCACUGCGUCAAGGGUUUCAUGUGGUUCAUGAUCAAGGUGACCUUCGGCGAACACGACCGUUGCAACGACAAGGAGCGCCCGGAAACCCGCUUUGUGCUGCGCGCCUUUAGCCAGAAGUUCAGCUUCUCGAACUUCGACAAUGAUAUAGCCCUACUCCGUCUGAAUGACCGGGUGCCGAUCACCAGUUUUAUCCGACCGAUCUGCCUUCCGCGUGUGGAGCAGCGUCAGGAUUUAUUUGUUGGCACAAAGGCCAUUGCCACCGGUUGGGGAACCCUCAAGGAGGAUGGAAAACCCUCGUGUCUGCUGCAGGAGGUCGAGGUUCCUGUCCUCGACAACGACGAAUGUGUUGCCCAGACGAACUACACCCAGAAAAUGAUCACCAAGAAUAUGAUGUGCUCGGGUUAUCCGGGAGUGGGUAUGCGAGACAGUUGUCAGGGCGACUCCGGUGGUCCGCUGGUGCGCCUACGGCCGGAUGAUAAACGCUUCGAACAGAUUGGAAUCGUUUCCUGGGGCAAUGGUUGUGCUAGACCCAAUUAUCCCGGCGUUUACACCCGGGUCACCAAAUACCUGGACUGGAUUGUGGAGAAUUCGCGGGACGGUUGCUUCUGCGACGAGGAUUACUGAUUAAGUAAAGAGAGUGCUCAAAGCGGUGGACAAUUCUUCGCCUUAGUUGUAGUGAAUCCCUUAGUAGUUUAGCUCAUAUUUUGUACUUUUAUACUAAAACAACUGAAUAAAGUUAAACAAUGCAGUAGGUUAGAUAUCCCAAAGUAA